AUGAUAUAAUAGAUUAAAUAUUAUGAAGAAUUAGAAGAAUUUUUAAACUCUUCACUUUUAUCUCAUUAAGUUCUUCAUAUUAAUCUGACUGGACUUUAUAUUGAUGAUGAAGGUGCGUCAGGGUUAGGUUCUGCUUUAUCAAAUUGCAUUAAUCUCACGAAUUUGACACUUGAUCUUGAUUUUAGUUAAAUUGGUGCAAUGGGUGCAUCAUGCUUAGGUUCUGCUCUAGCAAACUGCAUUAAUCUCUCAAAUUUUAUGCUUAACCUUUAAAGUGACAUUUAUAUUGGUGAUGAAGGUGCAUCAGGUUUAGGUUCUGGUUUAGCAAAUUGCAUUAAUCUCUCUAAUUUGACACUUAAUCUUGGUGAAAAUUAAAUUAGUGAAAUGGGUGCAUUAAGCUUAGGCUCUGCUUUAGCAAAUUGCAUUAAUCUCUCUAAUUUGACAAUUAAUCUUGGUAAGAAUAAUAUUGGUGUAAAAGGUGCAUCAGGCUUAGUUUCUGCUUUAGCUAAUUGCAUUCAUCUCUCAAAUUUGACACUUUGGCUUGAUGGUAAUUAAAUUGGUGCAAUGGGUGCAUUAGGCUUAGGUUCUAGUUUAGCAAAUUGCAUUAAUCUAUCAAAUUUGACACUUAACCUUUAUUUUAAUUAAAUUGAUGAUGAAGGUGCAUCAGGCUUAGGUUCUGGUUUAGCAAAAUGCAUUAAUCUCUCAAAUUUGACACUUGAUCUUGGUGACAAUAAAAUUGGUAAUUAAGGUGCAUCAGGCUUAGGUUCUGGUUUAGCAAAAUGCAUUAAUCUCUCAAAUUUGACACUUGAUCUUGGUUUUAAUUAAAUUGGUGCAAUUGGUGCAUCAGGCUUAGGUUCUGGUUUAGCAAAAUGCAUUAAUCUCUCAAAUUUGACACUUCAUCUUUAGUAAAAACAGUUUAUUUGUUUUGGAUUGUGA